CGCAAUUUCUUCUUUAAUUAGUCUAGGAGGUGUGGCUAGAAGCAUGUCUUUGCAUGUCUCUCUUUCUCCCUGGCUAUCUCUUGGAAGGAGGGACGUUCUUAGCUGGAGGAGUGCGAGAAUCAACUUUAGUCUCAUAAAUCAGUAUAGAGAUUAUGGUAGGAUAAGAGGUGGGCCUGAAAAUGGUGCCGGGUGGCCUGUUAGAAAGAAGAGGAUGCUUGAAGCGGCUCGUAAAGAAAGAAAGAAGAAUGCGCAUAGAUUUAACAGUCAUCAUAAGACUCCUGAGAUUUGGACACCAGGCCCACUACCACCACCUGAACAGAAGAAGAAAGGAAAAUAAAAUUUUUAAAAUAAUUAUAAUUAUAAUAAUUAUUAUUUAGCGAGUGUACUGACGUUCACGGAAAAUAAACUUUAAAAUAUCCGGAUUGUGUAUAGACUAAAUAAAAUUUACGGAGGUGAUCGAUGUUGUCGUGGCAACAUGAUCGCAUAACAAUCCAACAUGGCGGCCGGGACGACUGGGCUGGUGCUAAAGCAGGGCCUCUUGUCCUCCUCCUCUCACAGGUUGGAUGGUAAAAUACUCUCUGUAGUCUACCAGCCCGAGUCCCAGACCUGCACUGUCUUUCACGAGGAGAGUGUAAGUGUUUUCGUUGCCGGAUCCAAGGGCUUAAAUUAUACCUUCAAUGGUGAUACCAAGUCUUUGCUUCAUGUGAGCCAGUUUGAAGUAUUUGUGGCCGUUGGGAGGCACAGGAUAGCCAUAAUCACCAAGGACUUUAAGCCUUUUUUUGAAACGAACAGUAAAAACCCAAUAAUCAAUUGCCUCUAUAAUCCAUGCUCUGGUGAUAUCAUUACAUCUGAGAAAGGAAGCAUAACUUGCUGGUCAUUUCAUCAUGGUGGUAAGACCCUCUCAAUCAGUCAUGUCAUUGAUGCUGGGAUCAGUGAGGAUGACAGUGUUGGCAUCAUUCAUCUCGAGCAUGUCCCUGGAAAUGCACAAAGAUGCUUUGUAUCUGUACGAUCAUCAGUAAAGGUGUAUCAUUUGGUUACCGGACGCUUACUAAAAGAAGCUACAGAUCUUCACUCUCGGCCAAUAUCAUCUCUCCUCUUCUUUCACCCUUUGCAGUACAUCAUCACAGGAGCAAGAGAUGGAUCAAUUAAAGUCUGGAGCCAGCAAUGGGAGCAAAUAUGUAGUUUCAUAGGCCACGAGGGCCCAGUAACUUCUUUGUGUCCAUAUUCCAGUGGCCCGUUAGUCAUCAGUGGGUCACUGGACAGCACCAUGAAGAUAUGGAGUCUCAAAGGACUGGAUCUAGUUCAGACACUGGAUCACAGUGUUCCAGUACAGGGCCUAGUGUCACAGCCUGGUUGCAAUACUGUCAUAUCUUAUUCGACAAAGAAACUCUUCCAUUGGAAUAUUAAUGAGCUCUAUAAGAAACUGACUACCAUUGGUUCUGAUGUUAUUGAGCUCCAUGCUACUUCUCAUCCACUUGUUCCAUUGAGAUUGGUUGCUGCUUGCUCUGAUGGAGCAGUAAGACUAGUAUCCCCUGUCAGUGGGUCUAUACUGACCACUUCACUCCUUCAUCACUCUUCUAUCAUACUUAAUACUGUUUAUAAAGCAUUUGAUGAAACUAUGUUCAUAUUAACUGAAGAUGGUACCAUCAUGGUAUACGAUUGUACCACUAAUCCAUGCACCUGUCAGUCCGUUUGGGAGCCCAACACUUCACUAGGGAACUACACCUGUCUAUCAUUAUAUGAACUAACGCUGGAUGCUGAAGAGUUGGAGGAAUUACAGUCGGAGGAUCGUUGGCUGUCAGUUCUAAUUGAAGCCCACAAGAACUCACCCUACGAGGAGGAGAAGCCGUUGUAUAAGGAGAGACGGGGGCUCUACCUCCUGCUAGCAGGGACAGACGAGGGCUACAUUGCUGUCCUGGAUCAAACCAAUGGAAGCAUAUUAUACUCAGUCAAAGAUCAUGAGUCACCAGUAUCCUUCAUAGCCUGUAAUCCAAAGAGACAGAAUAUCAUCACUGCUUUUAAAGAUGAGCACAUUAUAAUUUGGCGUGUUUAUCCUUACUCCAAUCAAGAUGCUCUCGUUAUGAUGAUGUCAUUUGAUGUCAUCGGUUGCCCCACCCACAUUGCGAUACUCUUGGAUAGACUCUGCAUUGGCGUCAAUGAUUAUGACAGAGCCAACUAUGCACUGACUGUGUACUCACUACUGGACUUAACCUGUUAUUCUAGCAAUCCACUGCACAGUCAUAGUGAGCCUAUCACUGGAUUAGACGUGAACACUCGUCUUCACCUCUUUGUCUCUUGUGCUAAGGACUUGAGUGUGAGGGUCUGGUCACAGGACAACAACAUCUUAAGAAUAGUGCAGUUAGAUGCUGUCCCCAAUUCAGUCUCCUUCAGUAGUCAGACUGGUAACAUCACUGUUGGGAUGAAGGGUCACCUUUACUCUCUCCACCACAUGCUCUAUCUCACUACAGCCUACAUCAAGCAGCUAGUCUCUCUCACUGCUGGGAUCGAGGAGGAGAGGGAGGAAGCUCAGAGAGAACUCUUGGCUCCUUUAGAGUCCUUUUCACCCGAGGAUCAGAUAAGACUAGAUCCUCCUAGCGAUGAGUUUAAAGCUGAAGCAUAUAGAGGUGCCUUGUCUCAGGAGGAGUUGGAUGAGCUUGAUAGAAAAGCUGCCCUUAAAACUGAGGCAGUUAUGAAGCUCCUCUCACGUGAAGAAGAUCUUAAAAGCAUAAGAGACACUAAAGCUAAAAUAGAUAAGGAGAGUGCAGCAUUGACAGUUUUUGAGAAGAAGCAAGCGUGGAAGCAAGUGUAUCCAUUGCUACAGCCGAUACCAGGAACUGAGGUUAAAUGCUCGGAAAUUGAUGAUUUUGACCCUGAUACUUAUGGACUCAUUCCCAUACCAAUUGAACCAUAUGAGCCAUUCUCCAUUGGCCCCCGUCGCUGCUUCUUCCCUCCACUGCAUAAGUUCGAUCCACCAUACCCAAUAGCCCCUGACUGCCACUUACCCAAUUCUAUACUUUUACAAAAACUGAGAAAGAGCGAUGAAGACAGGAAGCUCGCCGAAUCAUGGAAACCUCCAACCCUUUCCGACAAACAGAGACAGCUAAUGUUGGAGCAGCAAGAAGGAGAGGAGGAGGAGGAAGAAGAGGAAGACAGCGACUUAAUGAAUAGACUGAGAGCUGCCAUGAUGGCCGACGACACUUCUAUCCCUUCUCCUUCUCCUCCUAUAACACCUCCUCCACCAGAGUCCCCAGUGAGAGAAGUGAGGACAAAAAUGAAGGUUGAGAAGCUCAUUGCUCCUAAGCCGAAGCCAAAGACUCCUCCUCCUCCUCCUCCUCCCAAGACUCCAACUCCCCCUCCCAAGUCACCGACCCCUCCCCCUCCCACUCCACUGCCUGAGUACAUCACACAGUUCAUUGGUCAGGCUUGGUUUGAUGGACUCUUUCCACAGCCUUCAACUAAA